AUGGCACAGCCGCCAUGCAAGCGUCCACGAUCAGGCGAUGUGGAUGGUGUCACCGACUUCGAAAAAGGGCAGCGCGACUUUACUCCGCAGGCGACGGACAGCAAAGCGAUUUGUGCUGACUUCAGCAGCAAGCGAAAGCAGUAUACGAACGGCACCGUCGCUAAGAACGACUGGCGACAAGUCCUAGGCCCUCUCACUGGAGAGGAAGUGCGCAUCCCUGAUGUGAAUUCUGGCUACCCGAAGGGCGUCUACCCUACCAAGUGGGAGGACGGUCAAUGCCAGCCUGUUUCGGUGGAAACCUUUGAUCUUGGCGGCGGCUUCCCAGAUCAGAACGAAUUCGUCAUGAAGUUUGGAGUCAUCAUUCCGUCCACUAACACCACUGUGGAGUACGACUUCUGGAGCAUGAUUAUGCAGAAUCGGGACGUUUGCAAGGGCAUCGGGUUCCACAUGUCGGGGAUCCUGAUUGACAGCCCCAAGCUGGCAACUGAUGAAGACAUGUUGCAUUUUCUGCAGUUGUUCCGCAAACAGAUCUUUACCACUGUUGACCGGUUGAUGACGUCGGAGCCGCAGUACAUCAUCAUGGGUAUGUCUUUGGAGACAUUUUUCGGUGGAUGGGAAGGCAACAAGGAGUUCAAAAAGGAACUGAGUGACAGAACGGGCCUGAACAUAGCCACCGGCGCAGAGGCUUGCAAGGCAUCUCUGGAAAAGUUUGGAGCCAAGCGAAUCACUGUCAUUACACCCUACCAGGACAUAGGUGAUCGAAACGUGGUCAAGUUUUUUUCGGAGAUUGGAAUCGAAGUUGUCCGCAUUGCAGGGCUCAAAUGUGGCUCAGCGACCGACAUCGCUCAUGUGCCCGAAGCUUGGUGUGAGAAAGUUGUCCGAGAAAACCUUCUACUGCCUGACAUUGAUGCGGUGGUGCAGUGUGGCACCAACUUGUCAUUUGUCAACCUGGCAGACAGACUGGAGCGUGAAGUUGGAAUUCCCAUCAUUGCGAUCAACGUGGCCUGCCUAUGGUUUGCGAUGCGAGAGGCUUGGCACAGCUACAUCGACACGGGCGGGAAUCUGACUACCGCGGAAUCUAUUGAUGCGCGAGAGCGGAACGAAGCCAAAGCACAUAUGUUUGUAUCAAUCCCGUGCAUCAUUUUCAUCGCUGCCUUUUCCGUUCGUUCCUCACCUUAG